CGCCGCCACCCCCUCCCGCCCUGUUCUCUCUUUGGUCGGGUCCGGCCCGGCCGGCACCACGAGCGCCCGGCAGAGACUGAGGGAGAGAGAAAGAGGAGGGGAGGAGGAGGAGGAGGAGGAGGAUUCAGGGAGUAGGAGCUGGGGAGCCCUCCUGCGCCACAGAUACAGUGUGUCUUGGUUUGAUCCUCUUUGGGUUGACGCUGCUUAGGAUUCUCUGUGCUUCCUGGACCUGGAUGUCUGUUUCCUUUCCCAGAAAAUUUCCAGAGACUUGGUGAAGAUAAGAAAGCUAUCAGAAAGACUAUAGCACUAUUGUACUGUAUUUGCUGUUUUUCCUGCAUCUCAGUUGAGGGAUAACUCAGCUAUCUCUAUUUCUUGAUUCUUUACUUCCGAUUGGCCAACCAAGACUUUUAUUUGGCAAACUCUGUUGUACAGAGCCUGACGUCAUCUAUGACCCAUAACAAGAGCACGCGUUUUCAAGUGUCAAUUAGAUUUGUGGAUCAAUAAAGUUUUCUUGAAAGGUGGUCACUCUUGGUGACAUUGUCCAGUUCUCACAAUGUAUCAUUCCUUAUCUGAAACUAGACAUCCUCUGCAGCCAGAAGAACAAGAAGUGGGCAUUGACCCCUUGUUGAGUUACUCACACAAGCCUGGAGGAGAUUCAAAUCAAAAUGGAAGAAGAACAAGUUCUACUUUAGACUCUGAUGGAACUUUUAAUUCCUAUAGGAAAGAAUGGGAAGAACUAUUUGUAAACAACAAUUACUUGGCAACAAUAAGGCAGAAGGGGAUUAAUGGGCAGCUGAGAAGCAGCAGGUUCCGCAGCAUUUGCUGGAAGCUCUUUCUUUGUGUUCUUCCUCAAGAUAAAAGUCAGUGGAUAAAUAGAAUUAAAGAAUUAAGAGCAUGGUAUAGCAACGUUAAAGAAAUACACAUCACAAACCCGAGGAAGGUUGUUGGCCAGCAAGACUUGAUGAUCAAUAAUCCCCUUUCCCAGGAUGAAGGGAGUCUUUGGAACAAAUUCUUCCAGGAUAAAGAACUUCGGUCAAUGAUUGAACAAGAUGUCAAAAGAACGUUUCCUGAAAUGCAGUUUUUCCAACAAGAAAAUGUGAGAAAAAUUCUUACAGAUGUUCUUUUCUGUUAUGCUAGAGAAAACGAGCAGUUGCUUUAUAAACAGGGCAUGCACGAGCUGUUGGCUCCAAUGGUCUUCACCCUCCACUGUGACCACCAAGCCUUUCUUCAUGCCAGCGAGUCUGCACAGCCAAGUGAGGAAAUGAAAACUCUCUUGAACCCUGAGUAUCUGGAACAUGAUGCCUAUGCAAUGUUCUCACAACUUAUGGAAACUGCUGAACCUUGGUUUUCUACUUUUGAGCAUGAUGGUCAAAAGGGGAAAGAAACCCUGAUGACUCCUAUCCCCUUUGCUAGACCACAGGAUUUGGGGCCAACAGUUGCUAUUGUUACUAAAGUCAACCAGAUCCAGGAUCAUCUGCUGAAGAAGCACGAUAUUGAGCUUUACAUGCACCUGAACAGACUAGAAAUUGCACCACAGAUAUAUGGGUUACGGUGGGUACGGCUGCUGUUUGGAAGAGAGUUCCCCCUGCAGGAUCUUCUGGUGGUCUGGGAUGCCUUGUUUGCAGAUGGCCUCAGCCUGAGUUUGGUUGAUUAUAUCUUCAUAGCCAUGUUACUCUACAUCCGAGAUGCUUUGAUCUCUAGUAACUACCAGACCUGUCUUGGCCUUCUGAUGCAUUACCCACUCAUCGGGGAUGUUCACUCGCUGAUUCUUAAGGCUCUGUUCCUUCGCGAUCCCAAGAAAAAUCCAAGACCAGUGACUUAUCAAUUCCAUCCAAAUUUAGAUUAUUACAAAGCCCGAGGAGCAGACCUCAUGAAUAAAAGCCGGACCAGUGCCAAAGGUGCUCCCCUGAAUAUAAAUAAGGUCUCUACUAGCCUGAUGAAUUUUGGAAGAAAGUUGAUUUCUCCGGCAACGGCCCCGUGCGGUGCGGAUGGCCCAGUACCGGGAGGCAGUGGCGGUACCUCCUCCCCGGCUGUGGUUCCCCCCAGGACCCUCGCAGAGGCCCCCAAGCAUCCUCUGCAGCAGCAGAGGCUGAUGAAAUCGGAAAGCAUGCCGGUGCAGCUGAACAAAGGACAAAGCUCUAAAAACAUCCGUUCAUCUCCAAGCAUUGAGAGUUUGCCUGGAGGAAGAGAGGUCACUGGCUCCCCACCUUCAUCUGCUACUAAAAAGGAUUCCUUUUUCAGCAACAUCUCCCGUUCACGCUCACACAGCAAAACUAUGGGCAGAAAAGAAUCUGAAGAAGAAUUAGAAGCCCAGAUUUCCCUCCUUCAAGGACAGUUGAAUGACCUGGAUGCCAUGUGCAAAUACUGUGCGAAGGUGAUGGACACUCAUCUUGGAAAUAUUCAAGAAGUGAUACUGCAAGAAAAUUUGGAAAAAGAAGAUCAAAUUCUGGUUUCCCUGGCAGGACUAAAGCAGAUCAAAGACAUUCUAAAAGGUUCGCUGCGUUUCAACCAGAGCCAGCUGGAAGCCGAGGAGAACGAGCAGAUCACCAUCUCAGACGACCACUACUGCUCCAGCGGCCAGGGCCUCCUGCCCAGGGCCCCCACGCAGGCCCGUUCAGCAGCGCCGGGGCGCAGGGAGAAAGGCGACACGGACGACUUCAUCCUCGUCUCCAAAGACGACGAAGGGGGCGGCGCCAGGGCGCCCCCGGCGGGCCGGGCUCAGGCCCCGCGGCCCCUCCAGAGCUUGGCCCGGCGCGCCCCGGUGUUCUCAGACCCGCUGACCGGCCCGGCCUCGGCCUCGGCCUCGUCCGGCAGCCCCAGCUCCAGCCCCGACGACGACAGCAGCGGCAACAGCAAGGACUCGGGCUUCACCAUCGUGAGCCCCCUGGACCUCUGACCGCCGCCUGGCCACCCCCGCAGCCCCGUGAAGACGCCUCUGAAACCCAGCCUCUUCCCAGCGCGCACGUGGCCUUGGUGCAGCCCUUGAA